UGCAAUGCUUUCACCCGUACUGUCACCACAACUUGAAACUCAAGAGAUAGGAUACAGUAGUUUUAACCAUGACGGAAUUGACGAGCUCAAUGAGCUUAGCGAUAUCGAUGAUGCAAUACAAUCGACUGUACUUCCAGUUUCUCAAAAAUCCUUUAUUGGUCGUAGUAUCAAUAAGCCACCUUCAAGCGGUGAAGAGUAUUUACGUAUGGUUCAACUAGAAGCUAAUAAAAUCCCAGAUAUUUUUGUUGCCAAUAAACCUAUCCAGAAUAACAGUAUUACAAUCAGCUGUAAAUCGAAUCAAGUCAAAAUUGCUGGAUGGGCUAAAAGAGGUUGGGCGAAUAGUCAAAGUGUUUCGGUCGAAGAGCAAGAUAAAAAAAAUAGAGAAAUUGGUUUAAUUAAUGAAGAAUGGGAAAACACGUUUUUAAGCAGAUUUGAAAACUUGAGAGAGGCGUUACAACGAUACAUCAUCAAAACAAAAGGGACUAAACCAUUGUUAAAUAAAGCAUUAUUUCCACCAGUCGAGAUACCAAAUAAACAAGAUGAAGCUGGGUGGUUAAAAUUUUGUUAUGGAUUAGAAAUGUUGAAUCAUGAAUCAUUAGCAACAAAAGUCUCGGAAAAUAAAGAAAAUGAAAUUUAUGAAACGGCUGCGAUGAUGCUACCUUUUUUAAGUAUAAUAUCUCGAUUAGAUCAGCCUACAACAGUUGCUUUACUUUUUUAUCAUAUCAAAUGGUUAGACAGUGGAAUUACAAUUACAAAAUGUCAAUGGCUUUUUGCAUUGUUUGUAAAAGUUGAUAAACUUGUGACUCCAAAUCAAAUGGCGAUCCUUAGGAGUGUUUGUAGGAAAUGUAUUGAUAUUAGACAAAAUCUCGAUAUGUUGGAUGUAGAAGAUCCGAUAUUAGCCACUUUGAAUAUGAUCAUUACCAUUGUGAGAAGAUACUUUGGGCAAAGAGAUUUGGGAUAA